UUGUACCAUAGUAUCCCACUUUGUGAGACACUAAAAAGAUAGAGAAAGAGUGAAGACAUUAUUAACCCAUUUCAAAGCAACCCUUGGGGUUCAGGAUCCUAUUCAUUUCCCCUCUGGUUUUUUUCACCAUUUUUGAAAACGCCAUGAAAACUCACCAACCAAAGCUCAAAACUCAGCUUUUCUCUUGCGGAUUCUUCGGCCACUGUACUCGCUCCGUCCUCAGCCCCACCGCCUCUCAUUCCCCUUCGCUCCCUUCCCUUCCCUCCGCCUCCGACCAACCCCCACCCCACUCCCGCCGUCCACCGCUUCUCGAUUCCGAAUCCUCCUCCUCCUCCGCCUCCCAAAGCUUCACCCAAUGGAGAUUCCCACUUCCACAUUCACCAAUUUUCACCCAACACCCUUCAAUUCCAGACCCACCUUCUACUUUCUCCAUUCCUCCGCCACCAUCCAUCUCCGCAGCAACCCUUAAAGAAAUCCUCCACCUCGCAGAGCUCCAACUCUGUUCCGCCUCAGACUCCGACCGUCUCGCCGCUCUCCAACUCCUCGAACGCUCCUUGGUUCCCGACCCAUCUCUAGACCCAGACUGCACUCCCGAACUCAUGCGCGGCAUAAUCGCAAAUUUGAACACCAAAACAGGUUCCAAACCAUCCACCAAAAUCUUAUUAGCCCUCUGCUUGGCAGAGAGUAACCGUCACAUUGCGGUGGAGGCAGGGGCGGUCGGCGCAGUGAUAGAGUCGCUGCCGGAGAUGGAAGACCCCGCGGCAGAACGAGCACUCGCGUCGCUCGAACUUAUGUGUACGGUGCCUGAGGGAGCGGCAGAGGUGAGGGCCCACGCGCUCUCUGUGCCAGCGAUGGUGAUGAUGAUGGGAAGAAUGGCAGCCAGAGGGAAGGAGUCAGCCAUAAGUGUGCUUGGGGUUAUUUUCGACAAUGGGGUCUCGCCGGAAGCCGAGUCCGCGGUAACAGCGCCGCCGGAGGAGGUGGCGCGUGCUGUCGUGUUGGCGCUGCAGGGAGAUAGUAGUGCAAGGGGGAGGAGAAAAGGGGCGAGGCUUCUGAAGGCACUGGAAGAGCAGCAAGAGGGCUCCUCCACCGCAGGUGUAGAUCCGGCGACGGUGGUCGGCCGGAGUUAAGCAAUCCAUAAUCGGAGAUGAGAGAUUUAUAAAUUGGUUUGAUGAGUGAUUAGAAUCGUGUGAAGUUUGAUGAGUCAGCGGCUGUUCUUCUGUGUUGUCUAUUACAUUGCAAAAAGUUAAUCCUAGGUUUAAGGUUAUGUGUUUUAAUAUUAUUUUAUAAAUCACAUUAAAAACUUUGUUCUAA